CGUGUUGAUUUUGUUCAUUUGCGACAUGAAGACGGAACGGAAUACGGCAGUGUGUACAAGUGAGCCGAGGACAAAUGUAAAGGAGAAAUAUUCACACGGGGGAACUUUUGUUUCUGACAUGGCUAACCCAUUAAAGGGUGAGGUCAUCAGGUUGUACAAAAAUCUGCUGUAUCUCGGCCGYGAGUACCCAAAGGGAGCAGCUUAUUUCAGAGAACGACUAAAGUCAGCUUUCAUGAAGAACAAGGAUGUGAGCGACCCUGAGAAAAUCAGGCAGCUGGUGGCCAAAGGAGAUCAUGUCAUCAAGGAACUGGAGGCUCUUUAUUUCCUGAGGAAAUACCGAGCCAUGAAGAAGCGCUACUAUGAACCCGAACAA